AUGUCGACAACGACGACGAGUUCCAGCCCCAGAGUCAAACCCUAUGGAGUCACCAUGAAUGGCUCUAUUGGCAAUGGCGUUGCGAAGCAGUUGCCACUCAACACGGUUGCCACAUCAGAGUGUGGGAUCCCCAACUGUCAAGAAUUGUUUCUGUCAAUGCUCAAUAAUGAAAGCAGAACUUCAGCCAACGGUUCCAAGAAUACUUCGCACAGCAGCAUUUCACCAUCGCUUCAAUCCGAGCUUUCCUCCACGCUGUCGCGAAUGAUUCGAAAAAAUGCUCGGCGAAAGGCCAACGAAAACUUCAAGAGGAAACAUCCCACAAGCAACAAUGGCGAUGUCAUUGAUCUGAUUGAGGACUCGUCUACUUCUGCCAUCGAUAACGGCGUAGAGCCACCCCAAAAACGUGCACGUUUAGAAGAGGACGCAAAAGAAGAAUUAGUGGACGAUGAUGCCUUCAUCAAUAAUUUCUACCGAGAAGAACUGGGAAUGGUGAAUUCAGAUCUCGACAAAAUGGUCCACGAACGAAGCAAACAGGCAGAUCCUUUACAAAAAGAAGUAAAAGAAAACGACAAUAAUCAGGGGUUGGAACAGCAAAAGGAACUACUGCUUCGUUGGUUUUCGGAACGAUUGGGUGAUCUGGAGACCAGUAUCCAAAGUAUCUUCAAACAAAAAGACAGGGAAUUGCAGGCAAAAAACAACGAACUGCAAGCAAAAUGCAACUUGUUGAAGGCCAAAAAUACUGAAUUACAAGCAACAGCUGCCGCAUUGAAGGCCCAGAGUUUAGAACUCUCACACCAAAAGAAAUAUACCCAGAACCUCGAACAGAAGAAUAACGAAAUGACACAGAAGCUACAGCAGUUCGAUAUUAGUGACGACGACAAGGCACGGGUGGACGUGGCUCAGGGCAGGUACUUGCCAGUCCGAUCGCGUAUACGAAAAUUGCUCUUGAAACGAGUCCCAAAGGAAGACACAGAUUACGCUGAAUGUGCCGCACUCCUCCAUGAAGAAAGCAACCUUUACUGCAACUUUGUGACCGCAAUUGCAGAUGAGAUCUUGAUACUCAAGUGCCAGCACUUUAACGAACGAUCUUCGGACAGGUACACUAUUCAAGAUCUAGAGGCCAGACUGGAAGCAGCCAAGCAAGAAGCUAUCCAAUUUACAAAAUCUGAUGGACUGCCUCAAUAUCCUGCGAACAAUCCUGCCAAUGUCUCCACCUCUCACCAGCAACAACAAGCAGCCAGGAUUGCAGAGCUCACAGAUCUCUUGUCCAAGAGCCGACAAGCCAACCAGGAGCUCCGAGCGCGAGGAACAGAUCUCGGAUCCAGAAACGAUACAGUGAACAACAUGUACGACAACAAGCUCAAUAGCGUUAUCGAGCUUGAACAAAGGCUCAAGCAAGUGACCAGCGCCAGGGCCGAGGCUCUAGCACAGGUGAAACGUCUUGAGUCGCAGAAUAAAAUAUUGACCCUUACCAACACAAACCAACAGAUGGCCCUGCAACAAGCGGAACAAGCGAAUAGCUUCCACAACAUGCGAUUCUCCCAAGCAAACGCACAAUUGCAGCAGGUCGUCAAUACCAACUCGCAAUCCUUGCACUGGGCGAACCAAAUGGAAUCGAAAUGUGACAAAACGAUCCAAGAAACAAAGCAAAGACAUGAGAAAGAGAUGCGGUCGGCCAUUCAUAAUCACAUGGGACAAAUGAAGGGAAAUGCACUCCGCAUGGAGCAAAUGACAAACACUAUCAAACAGCUCUCGGCGCGGAAUAGACUCUACGAAGAAAGAAUUGAGGAGCGCACCCUGACAAUCAAUCAACUGUCGGCAUCGAGAAAGACAAACGCUUACACGUACAACUCCUCGGACACGGAUGACGAUGGGAAUCGUUGGAACCUGAACGAAGCAAAAUAG